AUGAAUAAUGAUAUAGCGGCAUAUGAUCUUGAAUCGAGCUCUAGUCCUGAUGUGAAAAAAAUAAGCAAUAUAAAGAAUGAAAAAAGUAUUCUUAGUAAAAUAAAGCCAUUUGGUAUUGGGGGUGUGAGUGGAAUGUUUGCAACUUUUUGUAUCCAACCCCUUGAUAUGGUAAAAGUAAGAAUUCAAUUAAAUGCAGAAGGAAAAAAUGCAAUAAAGAAUCCAUUUACUAUAGCAAAAAAUAUUAUAAAAGAUGAAGGUGUGUUAUCAUUAUAUAAAGGAUUAGAUGCUGGUUUAACUAGACAAGUAAUAUAUACAACAGGAAGGUUAGGUUUAUUUCGUACCUUUUCAGAUAAAGUAAAAAUUGAAGGCGAGCCAUUGCCCUUUUAUAAAAAAUGUUUUUGUGCAUUAGCAGCUGGAGGAAUAGGGGCAUUUUUAGGAAACCCAGCGGACUUAUCAUUAAUUAGACUUCAAGCUGAUAACACAUUACCAAAAGAAUUAAAAAGAAACUAUACUGGUGUAUUUAAUGCUAUAUAUAGAAUAUCAAAAGAGGAGGGAGUACUUUCAUUAUGGAAAGGAUCUGUUCCAACUAUUGCUAGAGCUAUGUCAUUAAACUUGGGUAUGUUAUCUACAUAUGAUCAAUCAAAAGAAUAUUUAGAGCAUUAUUUAGGAGCUGGUAUGAAAACAAAUUUAGUGGCUAGUGUGAUUAGUGGUUUUUUUGCUGUUACAAUGAGUUUACCUUUUGAUUUUGUUAAAACUUGUAUGCAAAAAAUGAAAGUUGAUCCAGUUACUAAUCAAAUGCCCUAUAAAAAUAUGCUUGAUUGUUCUUAUAAAUUAUAUAAAAAAGGAGGAAUUUCAAUUUUUUAUGCCAGUUAUGGUACCUAUUAUGUUCGUAUAGCUCCACAUGCUAUGAUUACUUUAGUUACUAUGGAUUAUCUUAACAAUCUUUUCAAACACAUAUAG